CGAGGCCCAGUCGCCAUGAGCGGCCUGCGGGGCUCCCUGGGGGCGGCCCGGCCGGGCUGGGUGUGGGGGGCGGCGGCGCUGCUGGCGCUGGGCGCCCUGCUCGGAGCCUGGCGCUGGGCCGGGCGGCGCCGCCGCCGCCGCCUGCAGCGGGUCGGGACGGUGCUGAGGCUCUUCGUGUACCCGGUGAAGUCGUGCAAGGGGGUGUCGGUGCGGCGGGCGCAGGUGACGCCCAUGGGGCUGCGCAGCGGGGACAUGCGGGACAGGUUCUGGCUGGUGAUCACGGAGGAUGGGCACAUGGUCACGGCUCGCCAGGAGCCGCGGCUCGUCCUCGUUUCUGUCGGCUGUGACGACGGGCACUCGACCUUCGAAGCCCCAGACAUGGAGAAGCUGUGCUUGCCUGUGAAUGUCCCCAGGAAAAACCCCGUCCACAACUGCAGGGUGUUUGGACAGGAUAUCCAAGGCAGGGACUGUGGUGAUGAAGUGGCUCAGUGGAUCACCACUUUCCUGAAAUCACAGCCCUAUCGACUGGUGCACUUUGAGCCCUCCAUGGUGCCAAGAAAGUCAAAGAAUGCAAUAAACCUUUUCCGAAACACUGAUGAGGUUGCCUAUCCUGACUGCAGCCCAGUCUUGCUCCUCUCUGAAGCUUCAAUGGAUGAUUUAAAUACAAGGCUGGAAAAGAAAGCUAAGAUACAGAACUUCAGGCCAAAUAUUCUUGUGGCAGAUUGCAGUGCUUUUGAGGAGGACACCUGGGAGGAUAUUCUUAUUGGUGAUGUGGAGAUGAAAGGGACCGUGUGUUGUGGCAGGUGUAUUUUAACAACUGUUAACCCAGACACUGGAGUCAUGGACAGGAAGGAGCCUUUGGAGACAUUGAAAAGUUACCGCCUUUGUGAUCCAUCCGAGCGACACAUCUACAAAACCAGCCCUCUCUUUGGGAAAUACUUUGCUGUUGACAAAACUGGAACGAUUCAAGUUGGAGACCCUGUGUACAAGAUGAUCUGGGAAUGAAAGAGACUUUGAUCAGAAGAUGCUUUUUCAGCUUUGUACACAAAUUGUUUUCCCAUGAACACAGUCACCAACGUAACCUUUUCUUAUUCCUUGCAAUAUUUUUAGUGCCAUGUCCCUUUGUAAGGUGCAGAGGGGUCUAUGAGGCUAUGAAAUGCCAGUCAUUUCAGAUCAUGUAAUCUACUAGCAUUCCUGUAGCAACCACAUCUUUAGUUUUUCUGGAGGCUGUGAGAGAAAAAAAGCUGAUCCAAGACAGACUUCACAGCACUACUGUGAGCAUCACACCUCCUAAAAUUUCAUGUCAACCUUAAUAUCGGAAUCUGAAAUUAUGUACAAGGGUUUGCAUCGUGUAUUAGAUACAUUUAGUGCCUAUAAAGAACCACAAAAACAGUCAUGCCAAGCACAAAGUAUGUUGGUCACAGAGCUGCCUUUACAAGAGAACAUGGAGUGGAAAUGGCAGGACUCUGUCUUGGAUUCCACCCUUCUUUGGUCCUAAUCAUCUUACCCAUC